AUGAAUACGCGAGCUCUCCCUCCCUCCACUGGCUCAAAACUCUCCACGAAUGCCAACGUCAAAGCCUAUGCAUCAGAUUGGGCAGUUGUGCUUAUCCUAUUGGUGUAUUUCUUUAGUAUAGCUGAACAUGCCAACCCAUUUCAACGCCAAUUUCUGAUCACCGACUUGUCAAUAGCGCAUCCUUUCGCAACCGAAGAACGUGUUUCCGGGAUUGCAUGUAUACUUUUAGCAUCCAUUUUGCCCCUAGCCAUCAUGUUUUCGGUGACAAUUUUGAAAACUUAUACCAAUAAAACCAGCUCAAAAUAUGAUCCAUUACACAUUUUCCAGAUCAGUUUGUUGGGGCUUGCCUUAUCCAUCUUUUUGGACGGCGUGGUAACAGAUAUUCUUAAGAACUGGAUUGCUCGACCACGGCCUGACUUUUUAGCCAGAUGUGGUGUCAAAAUUGAUAAUCAACCAGGCGAGUUACUCGACGUCAGUGUUUGCAGCGCCCCAUUGGGAGUACCGCUCUUGUUGGACGGUAUGAGGUCCACUCCUUCGGGUCAUUCAUCCAUCAGUUUCGCAGCGUUUUUGUAUCUUUCAUUGUGGCUAUCAGGUCAAUUUAAGUUGUUCACUUCAACACCACAGCAUAUGUACAAGUACAUUUUAGUGUUCUUGCCGUUACUACUUGCUACAUACGUUGCAUCGAGUAGAGUUCAGGACUAUAGACACCAUUUCAUGGAUGUGAUAUUAGGCUCCGUGCUAGGUAGCACCAUCGCUCUGCUGGUUUAUUUUCAUUAUUGGAGUGGAAUUCAAAGUGACACAUGUGACAGCCCUAGAUCAUUCAAGAAUGCCCCAGAACAUGUUUUGCCUUUAUAG